AGAAUAGAAAAAUAAAAAUGAAGACUUGGCUGUAUGGGCUUUUGACCCCUUUGCCUGUCCAGAUGGACGAACAGAACCAAAAAAAAAAUGUCUACACUUUUAUUAUUUUUGUUUACAUUUAUUAUUUUUAAAAUAUAAACUACUUUUACUGCAACAAAUUGAACCUCUUUUCUUUUUGGAAUCUGUUACUAUGAAAACAUUUUAAAAAUCGAGCCAUGAAUAUUUAUUUUAGGUUCAUUAUUCUACUUUUGAUAGGAAUUUCAGUAACAACAUCUGAUGAUGAUUUCCACCAAUGUGCUAGUGAAUCUUCCUGUUCCAAAACAAAACACAAUAUGUACAAUAAAGAGAUAAAUGAAUGGACAUCAAAAAUUAAUAAUUUAAUUAGAAAAGCAAAUGACGAACAUAUGCCAUGUAGAAAUGUGAAUUGUUCUUGUUAUAAAAAUGUCAUAAAAAAUGAUUUACAACCAUUCAAAGGAGGCAUAACAAAGGAAAUGGUUGAACAUGCUAUGAAGAAAGGUACCAAGUAUCAGAUUAUAGAAGGAAAACUCUAUCGUGAAGUUGAGUGCCAUUUUCCAGCAAGAUGUUCAGGAGUUGAACACUAUUUGAAAUUAUUGGCACCCAAAUUACCAAAUAUGGAAUUAUCUAUUAACACUAGAGACUGGCCCCAAGUCAAUCCUACAUGGGGUCAUGAUGCCAUGCCAGUAUUUUCAUUCAGCAAGACGAAGGAAUAUAUUGAUAUAAUGUACCCAGCAUGGAGUUUUUGGGAAGGAGGUCCAGCAAUAUCUUUAUAUCCAACGGGCAUUGGUCGUUGGGACCAGCAUAGAUUAUCUAUAACAGCAGCUGCUAAUAAAUAUCCAUGGGAAUCAAAGAAAGACAAAGCAUUCUUUCGUGGAUCAAGAACAAGUGAGGAGAGAGAUGCACUAGUAUUGCUAUCGAGAUCUCAGCCAGAUCUUGUUGAUGCUCAAUACACGAAAAACCAAGCUUGGAAAUCAGACGCAGAUACUCUACACGCUGCACCAGCCAAAGAAGUGUCAUUUGAGGACCACUGCAAGUAUAAAUAUCUUUUCAACUACAGAGGUGUCGCUGCAAGUUUUAGAUUUAAACAUCUUUUCUUGUGUAAAUCUCUAGUGUUUCAUGUUGGUGAUGAAUGGAUAGAAUUCUUCUAUCCUUCAUUGAAGCCUUGGGUGCAUUAUGUGCCAAUAAAUCCAAAAGCUACAGAAAAAGAAAUAGCAAAUUCCAUUAACUAUUUUAAAGAAAACAAUGAGUUGGCAAAGGAAAUUGCGGAGAGGGGCUAUAACCAUAUCUGGGAUAAUCUGACUGAUAAUGACGUUUUAUGUUAUUGGAGAAGAUUGUUAAAGAAUUACGCCAAACUACUAAGAUAUGAAGUUAUAAAAAGUGAUGAUGUAAAAAGAUUAUAAUAUUAUACACCUUGUACUUACAUAGGUACAUAUAACGCGCGAGUUGAAUGCAGAUACCAGGAAUGCCGAUAGUGCUGUGAGCUAAUUAUAGUUGAAGACCAUAAUCAUGAGUGUGUUGAUAAAUUUAAACAAUGCUUUUAAUUUAUUAAUAAAUACGGGUUUACUUAUGAUUUAUCGGUGUUGGUAAUGACUAAUUGCCUUUUGAGCACCUGUGGACACCAAUAGUGAACGUUCGCUGACACUUGUCAGUGAUACCGUGCUCAUUAUACACACACACACAAUAGCGCACUACGAGCACAAGUCCCCAGUAAGAGACGGGACGUUAUCGCUAACCGACUACACUCACCCUGAUGAAGAACCUCCGAAUGGUCCGAAACUGGUCGGUACCUAAACCGAUAAAUCGUGAGUAAAGACGUAUUAAUAACAAUGUCUCACGAGAGUUUUAAUAAUUUAAAUAUUUUUAAUUUACCAUUUUCAUCAUUUUAAACUAAUAAUAAUAUCUCAAAUUUUUGUUCUGCCUUCAACACACAUGUCUAACAUUUUUCGCCAUUUCUCGUGCUUGGCGAUGAAUAAAAACUCUUUAAAAUUAAAUGAAAAAAAAAAAAAUAACAGGAGAUCGCAACUUUAGUAUUAACGCGAUAACACGGUAAGCGUAGGAUAACUGACAAGGACGGCACAGCACUACAAUGCAGGUGCACGAGGCGAGGUUUGCGGACAGUGGGGGGGAGAUGCUCCCGCUCUUUACCUCAGGCCCCCACUGCAUUCAACUCGCGCGAUAUCUGUAGAUAUUGUUAGGCCAUAAUUCUAAAAUAAACAUGACAUAAUGAA